CCAAUAGCCCACGAACUCAAAAAAACCCUAGCAGCUGCCCCGCCCCCACUAUAAAAACUCCUCCGCUGCGCCGCCGCCACCCUCCUUCCCGAGCCGGAGGCGAACAAGGUAAGCAGCAGCAGCAGGAACCCUAGCGCCGCCGCAGCCAUGGGUAUCGACCUCGUCGCUGGCGGGAGGAACAAGAAGACCAAGCGCACCGCGCCCAAGUCAGACGAUGUCUACCUCAAGCUCCUCGUCAAGCUGUACCGUUUCUUGGUCAGGAGGACCAAGAGCAACUUUAAUGCCGUCAUCCUCAAGAGGCUCUUCAUGAGCAAGACCAACCGCCCUCCCAUCUCCCUGCGCCGCCUUGCCAAUUUCAUGAAAGGAAAGGAGGAGAAGAACAUCGCUGUGAUUGUUGGCUCAGUCACAGAUGACAAGAGGAUCCAAGAGAUUCCAGCAAUGAAGGUUACUGCACUGAGGUUCACCGAGACAGCAAGGGCGAGGAUUAUCAAUGCUGGUGGGGAGUGCCUCACAUUUGACCAGCUUGCUCUCCGUGCUCCACUUGGCGAGAACACGGUCCUUCUGAGGGGUCCCAAGAACGCCCGCGAGGCAGUGAGGCACUUUGGCAAGGCUCCUGGUGUGCCACACAGCCACACCAAGCCGUAUGUGCGCUCCAAGGGAAGGAAGUUCGAGAAGGCUCGUGGCAGGAGGAACAGCCGUGGGUUCAAGGUCUAAGCCAUUGGCCUUUGCCUGUGCGUGCUGCCAUCAGCAUUGUACUGUGGUUCUGUUUGAGCAAGCGACAGUAAUUAGUAAUCACUUUCUACUGAGUAGUAGCACAAUUUGUUGUCCUGGUUUGAAUUUUGAAAGAUAUUUGAAGGAUUCGUGGUGUUAUCUGCUUGUUAAGCUAAGAUACAAUGUUCUGUUUGCAUCCCUUACCAGAGAUUGAGUCCUCUUCCAUGGCCCUUUCAAGGUGAGGCUGCGGUCUUAUGUGCUGUGAUUGUAAAUGUUUGGUCAGUGGUACUUUCAUGGUUAGUUGUUAUGGUCGACCAAGUAUCUCGGAGAAGAAGCCAUGACCGUGACUGAAGCCCAAGCCAACAUCAGCGAUCAAGACGUGGAGCAAGCGACGCUCCAGUCAGUUAUCCUUUUAUUUCAAAUUUGUAAUCGUAGUCAGUUAAUGUAAUGGACCUAUAUGUAUUGUACUAGGAGAUCUAAUGACGAGUUACGCUAGAGAUCAUUCUGAUCUCUCGGCGCCCUUGUGCC